AUGUCGUGGUACAUAUGCAGUAGUCUAGCUGUCGGCUUCGUGGCUGUAACAGGGAAUGGAGUCGUUGCUUGGUUGAUUGUGACGCAAUCUAAAUUACACACGGUAACUAACUGGUUUAUUUUGUCCCUGGCAGUGAGUGAUCUAAUGGUUGGCUUGAGCAUAGCACCCGCAGAUACUGCGUGUAAGAGGUUAGGCGCAUGUGACGUUUAUCUCCAAGGUGCUUUUAAGGAACUUUUCCUGUACGAGUCUAUUUACAGCCUGUGUGCCAUGACAGCAGAUCGCUUUAUCGCCAUUGCCUACCCACUAAAAUAUCCAAAUUUCAUGACUUUCCGCUGCACUGUGACGAUUAUUGCGCUUUCGUGGUUUGUACCGCUGUUCAACUUUUGCCUCCAUUUCUUUUGGCUCUACGCUGAGCCUGAAACAAGGAAAACUUGGUAUCGCAUUUUUACAAUAACAGAAACCAUUUUCAUGGUGGCUGUUCCAUGCAUUUUGUUAACUGUUGCGAAUAUAAAGAUAAUCCGAGUAGCACAGCUACAGUCGAAAAGAGCCACAGUUCAACUGCGUCAAGUAAACUUUAAUAGGAUGGACACAUUCUUAAGAAAGCCUCCCAGAAAGGCAGAAUUUAAAUACAGAAAAAGCAACUCGAGGGUGCAUACGGAGUCAGAAGAUAAACCCUCAUCUGAGGGUAAGUAUCUUUCGAGGCUAGAAAUGAGAGGUAAAGAAGAAUUUCGCGGACGAUUUCCGAGACGAAAGCUGCCGAGAUCCUCCAUCAAAGUAACCGUGGCAGUAAUAACGAUCUUUCUUGGGUGCUGGGCUUUGUCACUGUAUGUAUCAUUGUGCAAUUACUUCGACUUGUGCAAUCUAUCACCAGAUUUGAUCAACGUCACUUGGCUGUUGAUGUUAUUGAACCCUGCAACGAAUCCCAUCGUAUUUAUCUCGUUGAAGAGCGAUCUACGGGCAGAAUUAAGCAGGAAAAUGGCCACCUUGAAGAGCUCGUACACCUUCAACAAACAGACUCUUUAA